UGCUUGUAAUCUCAGCAACAUGUGUCCUUCAGUGAGAGAGUGAAUAGCGGAAGUGUAUGCAAUAGGUGUGAGCAGUGACAAGUCAGUUUAAUUAUAGAAAUCAGACUGUGUCGUGUGAUUAAGGCAACUCUGUUAAAACAUGGCUCAUUUUUCAUCGCCAAUGCCAAGUCGAGAGUUUUUGUGGGAUGUAUUUUCAAGAGUUGACAGGGAUAGGAGUGGUUAUAUUUCAGCUGAAGAAUUGCAGGUGGCACUGUCAAAUGGGUCAUGGACUCCAUUUAAUCCAGAGACAGUUCGGCUUAUGAUUGGAAUGUUUGACAAGCAGAACAGAGGAACAGUGAGCUUUGAAGAUUUUGGUGCAUUGUGGAAAUAUGUCACAGACUGGCAAGGCUGCUUUCGUUCAUUUGAUCGUGACAACUCGGGCAACAUUGAUCGCAAUGAACUUAAGACUGCACUAAUCACAUUUGGCUACCGACUCAGUGAGAGUACCAUUGAUAUGAUUGUCCGGAAACAUGAUCGGUCUGGAAGAGGCAUCAUUUUCUUUGAUGACUUUAUUCAGUGUUGCAUUGUGCUCUAUACAUUGACCUCAGCAUUCCGGCAGUAUGACACCGAUCAAGAUGGAGUUAUAACCAUUCAUUAUGAACAGUUCCUUAGCAUGGUAUUCAGUCUCAAGAUCUGAAUGCUUGAGACUACUUUUGUAUUAUAUGUGGGUUAUGUCUCAAGUUAGCUGCUAAAACAAGUGAUCAACUUUUCAUAAAUGUUCAUAUGACAUUAUUGAACAUUGUUAAUAUAUACUUUGAGCAGCACAUUCAAGUUCCUCAACUAACAUAAUGCAUUCACUGGCUAAGAAGUUCUUAAUGUCACUCUUUUGUGCAUGCCCUUCACACUACAUCAAAACACCAGCAGUGUUCCAAUUACUAUUUUGUAGGUCUUUUAUGAAUACUUAUCCUUGUAAACAUGUUAAAGUUAUUAUUACUUUUCUUGUGAAUUAUCAUUUGUAUUAAAUUCUCUCUCAUUCCUAUUAAAAGAAGAUGCUGCUUUUACAAAUUUUUACCCAUUUAGUGUGACACCCAGAUAUUCUGUAUAUGCAACAAUUGCCACUGCAGCUUUAGUUUUUGUUUGAAUUAACCCUUUAAUGUAAAUUGUUUAGGAAUGUAACAUCUGUUUCCCACUAUUAUUGCUGUAAUUUUUCUAAGCCUAUUACCAGAUGGUAACUAUAUGUAGCAAGUCAAAAAAAUGGACAUGUUAUACAAAAUCAAUCUAACCAGUGUUGUCACUGUAUUUGUUGGUGUUAUAAUGAUUAAAUUUUGUCAGUUACAAUUCAACCACAUAUAUACGAAACAUCUAUCUCUAUACUAUUUUCUUUUUUUCAAGUUGUUCAUACGAAGUUAGCAGCUCUGGAUGAUUGAUGAAUUGUAUUGUUGAUGUCUGAUAACAAGGGGUUGAGUUAUAUACAGUUUUUAUUGGUGUAAGACCUUCUUACCAAGCACUACCAUUGUAGACUGCUACGUACUGAACAUUACAACUGAGUGGUUAGCACAUCAGAUUCGUAUUUGGGAGGCUGUGGGUUCAGUUAAUACAGCUGUCCAUUAUUAUUUUAUUAGUGUAACUUGUUUCAUUUUCAAGAGAAGGAAAUUGUGAAGAAAUGUCCUUCACUUAUAUUUGUUGAGUGUUUGUCAUUGAAUACCAUUAAUUCAUUGUGUGUGCUUACUCGGUUUCAACAAGUCAAGAACUUUUACAGGGGUUUGAUUACUUUGCAUUUUAUAAUGCUUUGAUUGCAGCUCUUCAGUGUGCAAUGUUUGUAGUCUCUUUUAGAAAAAUUAUAAAAUAAUUUCUUUACAUUUGAAGCAAUGUAAAUUCACAGUGCAUUAUUCUUCAUCAUUAUGCUAUGUAAUUUUCUAUGAAUAUUUAAUGUAGAAAUGGAGUCUCAGGUUUAUAUACUACUAUGUCAGGGUUAGCUUAUUUUAUGAUUUCUAAUCAGAACAAAACUUUGUACUUAAGUACUGGUGUAAAUGUUUGUUAAAUUUAAAUAUAUCGUGCAUACAAAAGAAAAAAUCAAUCACCACAGUGAUGCACUUUGAUUUCUUUGCAGUAUCAUUUACUGUCUUUUUGGGUGGCAUGCCAUGUGAGCCUGUAGUAUACACUUACACUUACAUAUCCAGUGUUUCACAGACAGUCUCUGCAUCUGUGAGCAGGAUCAAUGUAUGACGUCUCCAAAAUGUUGGAUAUGAACAUGCUAAGAUGAAGUUAUUUCCACAGUUCAGGUGCAUACUGGGUGUAACAUGAUCUAAAAUAAAGAAAUUCAGGGAAGUAAUCCAUAAAUGCAUGAAAACUUGUUCAAAAAUAAUACAUUCAAAUUAAUAAUAUGACUAACUACCAAAGAAAAAUUACACUUGUGAAGGUGAAUCCAAAUUUUCGACCACAAACCCUUUGAUUCCAGUCAAACCAAAAGUUUCUACAAUGUUUUUCCAGAAAUGCAACUACCAUGUUUUUAGAGAAACUGCUGUACUCCCAUUUCCUCUCUAUUCCAUUAGAUUUAUUUCUCAGUCAGAAUUAUAUAUACAUGUCUGGCCUAUCAUAAAUUUCUUAAAUGUGUGUUAUGUAUUAUUAUGUGAUCUGUUGAAAUUGUGAACUUUCUUGUUGUCCUUCUGUUGGUAAGAGAUCGUAUUUUGUAAUGAUUCAACAAAAGUGAUUAUUUCUAUAACUAAGUAACCCAAGUGCAGAGUCCUCCUUGACAAGCUAGUAUUUGUUUCUGAUUGCUUUUGUGUCUUAGUAUCGUACUAUUUUGUAACAAUGUCACAGUACCUGAAUAUACACCUACAUAUAAGCACAA